AUGGCUGAGAGUGAAGAAGCUAUCCGAGAACAAAUCAAAUCCACUCAACGGGCCAUGGUCCAGGAAUUGGUCGAGGCAGCAAAAAAGCCGUCAUUCAACGUUCCCAAACCGUCUCUUCUUAUGUUCGGCAGAGAGUCGACGGAAGGAUAUUGGCGCUACAUGGAUCAUGUUGGAUGGGAUUUGGAAGCCGCUCUUCGCUUGCUUCAAUCCGCUUACGAUUGGCAGAGUAAAAUGGGCCCAGCUGUGCAGGGCAUUCUGAAGAACCUAUUUGCCAAGAAUCCAGGAUAUUUGAGCCUCCGUCAAGUUGGUUUUGACAGGAUCGGAAAACCCGUUCUGUACUGUUGCUUUGCUCAGAACCAGGCAAAGCCAGCUGACCUCGGAGUUGACAGCAUAAUUGCCUUGUUUGCCCACGUGGCAGAGCAUGCUGGCAAGUCCAGCUUGCAAAAAGACGUUGAAGAGGAUGGACGGAAGUGUGUGGUUGUUUUAGACUGUACAGGAUUCGAUGCCCGGCUAUUCUCCAAGCCCGAGCUGACCUUGAAAGUCUAUCAGACGCUGUGUUUGAUCUACCCAGGCGUGAUUGAUUCAGUAAUGGUUCUGAACUACACGCAGGAGAUUCGCAACACUUGGAGUACACUGAAGACCAGCUUCUCAGAAGAGCUCAACGCCAAAGUGAAGUUUGUCCCGACCACCGGAAUCAACGCAACACUGAAUGAGCAAUUCGGCUUGGAGUUGUCGCAGUGGCUGCAGGCUGAGUUGAAACUGAACAAGGAUGAGCCAUUGACUGCGUCUCAAAUUGCUUUCUACAAGAAGAACGCCAGUCAUGACCCACGCGGCUCUCCAGUUUACGUUGACAACUACCUCGAUAAAGACGGUUUUGUUGACGGACAUCAACCUCAUCCAGGCGUAUUAUUCGGCAAGUAA